CAGAAAGAAGAGACGGAAGGCAGAAAUGGAGGAGAAGAGAAGGAAAGGAGGGGAUUCUCACUGGUCCAAAAUUCUACAAGUAAGCACAGAGACAAAUGGGUUACGUCAUAAAAGAUGCAUCCGCAUGUGCCGAAGUUUUAGUCUGAAAGAGCCCACGGGUUGUCGGCUGGGACUGAGUCUAAACAGGGGAGGCAGCACAUCCAGCUCACGAAGCCAUCGAGGCAGAGAGACGGGCAUCAUAGCCAACAUAGCUGCCAGGAUCAGACAGUGGCUGCAGUCCAAACGAAGAUAUGAAGUGUCUCCGGCCAGCGAAGCUGCUGAUGGAACAGAUAGAUCUGAUGGCGAAGGUGCAGCAGCCAGCCUCAAUGGGCGCGGUCUGCGGACAGAGGACAUCAAAGAGGACUAUCUGAUAAUUAGCCAUGUUAAUAAUUACCACCCGGAGUUAAAGCGUGCCGAAGGCUACCUAUCUCGUAGUUGUGCCUUGGGAACAUCCAAGUCUGCUACUGCUAUUGCAGCAAGCGACAGAGAAGGCAGCUCAACAUCCCCAACAUCCAGACAUCUUGAACGACCUUCACAUAACGUCAUCUGCCACAAGAGGCCAGUUGUAAAUAUAAACAUAGAAUUCGCCGACCAGGUUAUGCCUGUGGAACCCAGAUCAUAUUUUGCAGCAAAUCCGUUGAAACUGAAUCAAAACCACACACCGAAAACAGCAAUCAUGACGCCAUUUACAAGAGCACUGUCCAGAAGUCAGCAGCUGAGACAGUCCAGAAACAAGUACAUGAAGCUGUUACAGAAAACCGGACAGCUUA